AACAAAUUUAAAAUGACAGUUAGCUUUGAUAUUUUUUAACAUAUUUAAAUAAUUAUACGCCUGGUAAACUUUUAAUCAAAUGAAAAUAUCAUGCCCACCGACAAAAGUAAAUAUAGGAAUUACGCCCCUUUCGGCUUCCGAGACAUACGAGAAACCAGAUUCGGUAUACAUCCAGCAUUAGAUCAAUCAGGCUCAAACAGAACUCAAGUUACCGGUGCCGGUCCGGGACAUUAUAAUCCCCAAAAACCGGUAUGCAAGUACAAAAAUGGAAUCGAUUGGGAGCGCAAGUUGAAAGUCGAAGAAUUCUCCAAAUGGAUGGGUUGGAAAAAUCUCUCGAUUCUGGAGAGCAGGCGCUUUUUUCAAAGCUUAAAUGGUCCUGGAACGCACGAUAUCAACCCAGAUCUGUUUAAGCAAAAGCAUUGUACCACUUUCGAAGAUAUACAUUUUACGUUAGGCAAACGUUACAGCUAUAUCAACCCGCCUAACACACCUUCGCCAGAUAGAUACUUCUCAGAUUUAAACAAGAUAUCUUCAAUAAGGGAAAGCGUGUCCAAAGUACCUACGUUUGAAUGGGAUGGAUUCGUAAGUAGAUUUAGAGCUGGUGCAGCUAAGAAUUAUUGGUUACCCUCGAAUUUGUAUGAUAUUACAAAGGUUGACGGAAAAAACACCGCAGACAUUUCGAAGAAAUUAGUCUCUGUACGAGGGCCGUACGAUUUGUUUACCGGCAAAAGAGACGAUUCAAAUCUUAAAGGUUUCUAUCAUCCACGAAUUUUCAAAAUGCCUGAAUGGUUUUACAUGCCACCCAGUAUGGCCGAGAUGAUAUUGAAGAGUCCCAACCAUUCCAGGAGCGGAAAAUUUUUUCAGGAUGUACGAUUUCCCAAAAAGCCUACAGUGAGGCAUAUGCUCAUGGAUAUGUGUUUGUGCUAUAGAAAUCCUAACGAUCCUGGACCAGCGACGUACGAUAUGAACAAUUACAAAGGGAUACUCCCGAAGAAGCCAGGCAUGUACUCGUUCGACACUUGCAAGGUCUACGCCAGGCCUCAUAUGUCAGAUAAACAGGUGUUAAGUCCGGGACCGGGUAGAUACAACAUUAGGGCAGCGAAGUUCAUGAAACUGAAGAGAAAUUCUUGGGUGUUUCAGUCUAGUUAUCCUAGAACUGCCUACAGAGAUUUUAAUUAUAGAUCUUUCUAAAUAUUAUCUUGUGAACAUAUGUGAUAAUAAACUGUAAUCCGUUUUUGUUUUACUCAAUAUUCCGCAAAUAGGUUUUUAUCCUUUCAUUUGUUAAAAUUAUUAUUAAAUAAAGUGCCAUGGUAAUUCAAGCUAAAAAAAAUAAAUACAUUGAAGAAGAAGAAUUUUGCAGGUUAAGCAUGAGUCCAAACAAAGUGUGUAGUUAUUGUAAUAAAGAAG